CACCUAACUACAGGCCAGACGAUCUCAACCGCUGGAGGCAUCCUGCAGAUCACCCCGAAACUGCAACAAGACUUACCAGGAUUUACAAAUGACACAAUUACCUCUGGCACGCUUAACUUGAACAGUGGUUGCACAUCAACGGAAAGUCGGUGUGAGAUGAAGGUGGAUGGUGCGGACAUCUUGCCGCCAGUGGCGAGCGGCCGCAUCACCUCCAAGACCUUCGCGUUCACGUACGGCAAGGUGUACGUGCGAGCCAAGCUGCCGCAAGGAGACUGGCUGUAUCCAGAAAUUCUUCUGGAGCCGUUCUUAAAAAAGUAUGGCUCUCCACAUUACUCGUCGGGGAUUAUAAAGAUAGCAACUGCUCGCGGCAAUAGACAGCUUUACUAUGGACAAAAUGAUUACAGUAAUAAGAUGCUAUACGGAGGGCCCAUAAUGGAUCUAGACUGUCGAGAAACACUCCUUUUCACCAAGCUAAGAAGAGACGGCUCUGCUUGGGGCGACAACUUCCAUGUUUAUUCAUUAGAGUGGACGCCAGAGCAUAUAGUGCUAGCGGUGGAUGAUGAGGUAUGGGGACGCGUGGAGCCGACGGGGAGCGGCCUUCAAGACCAGUUCCCGUCCUUUUGCGAAGAACUCCCGCGGUCGCAGCUGCGCGCUGGUUCACUCAUGGCGCCGUUCGAUGAUCACUUCUACCUAACCCUGGGCGUGGCGGCAGGGGGCAUCACAGAGUUCCCCGACGACUCGAUCACAAGCAACAACAAACGAAAGCCGUGGCGCGACGGUGGUCGCAAAGCCAUGCUCAACUUCUGGCAGGACACCAACUCCUGGCUGUCCACCUGGAAACUACCCCGACUCGAAAUUGACUAUGUCAAAGUAGUCGCGCUGUAAUAUAGGACAUUUGGAAACGCUUUUGUUUUCUUUGGAGCCGAAUUUAAUUGUGAAAAUUGUCUUAACUUUGUUCAGAGGCUUAUUGCCUUCAUGUCAUAAAUUAAAUAUCCCAAACACGUUGGAAGUAUUACGCAGUAUGGUAUAUUAUUCACAAAUAUCUCAUCAUUAUUGUAUAACACGUUAAGAAUACGAAAAUAAACAGUUUUUAAUAAUCAGA